CAAUACAGUAUACUCUCUCUAGAACUUUCGCAAGUAGCCAGGGUUCAGCCGUCCACGGCCACCAUUCAUCUGGGAGAAGACGACGAGAGUUAAAGAAUCUUCAAUCGAGCGUCACCUGAACUGUACGUAACCAAUUGCAUCUUCUUGACGUCGAUUUCAGACUGAAGUAAUGGUAACCUACUUAUGGCGAAAGUAUGCUUAUUAUCUGCACACAAAAUGGGAAAGAACACUCCUGUGGGACAUGAUUGAACCAUAUAAGCGACCCAAAUCAUUCAUACCUCUUGCAGGUCUCUAUACCCUAGCUUUUUAUACUGGAGUUAUUGGAUCAGCUGUUACAGAGCAACUUUACAAGGAAAACUUUUGGGAAGAGCAUCCUGGAGAAAUAGUGCCAUUGAUGAAGCCUAAGUUCUACUAUAGUCCUUGGAAGGUGUUUAAGGGGGAGGCUAUUGCUCCUCCUCCUACUUCUUCUACUUCUACAACAACUAAUAAAUGAAAACUACGGAAAAUUAAGUUGUGACCUUGGUUUUGGCCCUUCAAUUUGUGAAUCAGAUCACUUUCGAUUUCCAUUAAGUCAUGUAGGGGUUGUGCUAAAAACAAUCAUAUUUGUUUCUACCUGCAAGUUUAAUAAGUGAAAUAUUCAUAAUUUUGUUGGCUAAUAAUAUAUUUAAUUAAAAAUAUUAAUUGUAACUUUUAUUUAUUUUUAUUUUUUUUUGAAAAACUAGAUCAUUUAUACUGCAUUUUUACUCUUUUGAGAACUUAGAACAUUG